AUGGCGCCCCCGGGGAGGCCUAUCGUGGCAAUUGCUGCAGAUGGAAGCUCUAGACAGACGUAUGCGACCGCACGCAAGGCUGCUGAGGUAACCGGUGUACCUCAUUCAACGAUAGCUAGAGGUGCCAAGAGCUUGGCAAAACAUGGGGCAUUCUUCUUCAAGUUCGACGGCGACUCUCGCGAACCCGUCUUCGAACGAGCUCCGACAAUCACGGCCGAAGAUCGAGCACGAGCACAGGCCCUCUUUCACAGCCUGUCCGGAAAAGAUGGGAAACUCAUCACGGAGCUCCGACUAAGCGACGGUUUUGUAAAUGCGACGAAGAUGUGUCAGAGCGCGACGUUGGCCGAGGGUGUGGAGAAGAAGUUCACAGACUUCAAACGGCUUCAGGGCACCACCACCUACAUCGAAGCAUUGUCUCGCAAGGCGGGCUAUCUCUCGCACCAGCUGGUUCACGUAGGUUCUGGUGGGCAAGCGACGUUCGUACACCCGAAGCUCGCAAUCUACCUCGCCCAGUGGUGCUCGGCCGAGUUUGCCGUGGAGGUCUCGGAGCUGGUCUUCCGCUAUCUGACAGGAGGCCUGACCACCGGGGAAUCCGUGGCCGCUGCCCAAGAGGUGCAACAGCAGACCACUCCAACACCCAAUGUCCCGAACGCCACGAACUGGCACACCCUGAGACAGGACGGAAUCAAGAUGUACCGAGGCAAGACCGACGCGAUACAGGACUACAUAGCUGUUCGCAGCGCAGCAUACCCCGGCGAAGACCUGAGCACGUACUACGCAAAGGUCAACAAUCUCAUCAACCAAGCCCUGCUCGACUUCCAGACGAGCACGAGGGAGUACAAGGAUCUGCGGGGCAUCCCACAGAAUAUGACUAUCCCCGACAUGUUCGACGGGCACGGUCAGGUCCAGCGGAUGAAUGUCGAGUACUUGUUCUUCAAAUACUUCACCGACCGAGAGGACCAGUGGGCGUGCCUGAACCCGUGGAAGGCCUACAACGACCUCAAGGAGCUGAGAGACAAGUUCAUCCGUUUCCGGAGCGACACCGGGCUGAGUGAUCUAUCGACGAAGCACAUGCUGGAUGUGCCCGAAGCAAAGAAGAGGAAGCGCGAGAGGACGUCGAUCGGAGCACUGGAGGCUUCGCCUGCCUUGAAGGCGUUGCUGCCCGGCCCUACAACGCAGAUUGUGAAUAACAACACUAUCAACAAAUACUUCGUCAGGGUUCAGAGCGGUGGGGUGAUGAACGCACCAGGUGAGGUUCUCGAGCCCGACCCUUCCGGCCAGCACGUAAUUUGCCCUUUGACGGCACGCUUGGACGGCACCCUGUAA